UGUGUGUGUGUGAAUCACAUGUGAGUGUGUGCAGCGUGUUGAGACCUGCAGCAGCAGAGGAGUUAAAAGCGGGCGGUCUGAGGAUCCGGACCAGUUCUUGUUCUCGUUGGCGCUCAGACGAGAUUCAGCACAGAUCAGAUCUUUGAGGAUUCACACGACAUGAAGAGCAGCAGCUGGAUUUCACUCUGCGGGCUUCUGACUGCGGUCUGCACCGUCCAGACCACCUUCACUUAUUACUCUAUUUCGCGUUGCAACUGCAACGGGAGGUCUCGAUACUGCCUGCGGGACGCCUGGGGUCUGCACUGCGUGGACUGCCAGGGAAACACUGAGGGACGACACUGUGAACGCUGCAAGGACGGCUUCUACCUGGAGGGGGCGGGACUGAGCUGCACACGCUGCGGCUGCAACCCCACAGGAUCCGUCAGCAGCACAUGUGACAGCAGGGGGCGCUGCAGCUGCAGAGACGGAGUCACAGGAGACAAAUGCGACCGCUGCCCGGACGGAUCGCAGAUCGGACCGAACGGCUGCACGCAAAGCCGUCAGCCCAGAGAGGAUUCUGGGAGUUUGACCUCACCAUGUUUCUGUUACGGACACAGCAGCAGUUGUUCUGCACGGUCCGGUUACUCCGUCCACAGCAUCACCUCCACCUUUGCAGAAGGUCCGGAGGGUUGGAGGGCGGCGACAACACAGGGUGCUGCGCCUGAUGACGUCCACUUCCGCUGGUCACCAAAACACCAGGACCUGGAGGUGAUCUCCAAGGACAGCCUGCCACUUUACCUGUACGCACCAGCUCCUUACCUGGGGAACCAGUUGCUGAGUUAUGGUCAGAACUUUUCCUUCUCACUCCGUCUGGACCGCGGCGUCCGACACCCGUCCACCAAUGAUGUGAUCCUGGAAGGUGCCGGUCAACGAGUCUCGGCCUCGCUGGGUGACCUGCGGUCCAUCGUCCCCUGUGGACAGAAAAUCAACUACAGUUUCAGACUGGAUGAGCAGCCUGGCAGCAGGUGGAGGCCUCAGAUCUCUGCCUUCCAGUUCCAGAAGCUUCUACAGAACCUUACCGCCAUCAAGAUCCGGGCAACAUUUGGUGAAAAUGGACGCGGUUACCUUGACAACGUGCAGUUAGUGUCGGCUCGCAAUGGCGAUGGUGUCCCGGCCCGUUGGGUUCAGACCUGCAGCUGCCCACCAGGAUAUGAGGGCGAGUUCUGCGAGCGAUGCUCAGCUGGUUUUAAACGAAGGAUUCCUGCUGACGGAGCCUUCAGCCCCUGUGAGCCCUGCAGCUGCAGAGGAGGCAGCUGUGACCCGCAGACCGGAGACUGUUACUCUGCUGACCAGACCACCGGAGAGCUGAGCUGCCCCGAUGGGUCGUACCGUGACCCAUGGCAGUCUCAUACCUGUGUGAAGUGUCCCUGUCCGGAGGGAGUGUCCUGCUCACUGGCUGACGGAUCGCUGGUACCACGUUGUGACGGCUGUCCAACCGGGACCACCGGUCCUCGCUGUGACGUCUGUCAGGAGGGUUUCUACGGUGAACCUCAACGUGGCGACGCUUUGCCACAGGCCUGUCAGCCCUGCGAAUGUAACGGACACAUCGACGUCAGAGUGGCGGGAAGCUGCGAUCGCCGCAGUGGCCAAUGUCUUAAGUGUCUGAACAACACGAAGGGUUGGAACUGUGAGGACUGUCAGCAAGGUUUCUACCACAGCCGGGCCACCGACGCCUGCAAACCAUGUGCCUGUGAUGCUCAGGGAUCUGAGUCCCAGCAGUGUGAUGAUUUGGGUCGCUGUCGGUGCAGACCGGGCUUCCAGGGUCCCAAGUGCCAACGGUCCAACUGUCCCGCCUGUUUCAGCCCCAUCAAGUCAAAGAUGGAGGCUUACGCUGCCAAACUGAAGGAGCUGGAGACUCUGUUCUUAAACAUGGACGGAGACUUGAAGCCAGCCAACACUGCUGAGAUCGAGGCUGCGCUGAGUGCCACCAAGAAGCUGGUGGACAAACUGCAGGACGACACCAACCGGCUUGCAGGAUUGGAGAAGAGCCUGCAGGGUCGUCUGUCGUCCAUCAGCAAGAGUCAGCUGGCCGAGGGGCAGGAGAUCCAAAACAUGGCCAACGCAGCAGAGGACAUCAAACAACAGCAGCAGACGUACAAGACGAAGGUGGAGGAGGUUCAGACUCUGAUCGAGGAGAUGAAACGCAAACUGGACGAGGCCAAGGCUGAUCUCAGAGCAGCUGAGGUUCCUCUCGGAGACGCUCCCGUGGGCUCCAACAUCUUCCCCUCUCUGCUGGACACAGCGAUGAGUCUGGCUGAUAAACACCAGUCGACGGCCGAUGAUGUGGAGCGAACUGCCACCGACGCUCUGAGUGACUCGCAGAGCAGUCUGACUCUGGUCCGAGACCUCAUGAACAAAGAGAACAAAGUCAAAGAGCUGAUUGGAGAACUGAAAACCACGUAUGAUCAGACUUCAGCCCGGGUGAAGGGUUUGGAGAACCAGGCUUCCCGACUCAGCAGCGAGGCAAGAGACGAGAGCAAAAUGGCGGACAGCAUGCUGAAAGACAUCGCUAACAUGGAGCGAGGAAUCCCACAGUCCCUGAAGGAGGCGGCGGACACCAUGCUUUCCAAGUCUGGUGGUUUGAGAGAUGCAGUAGACGAGAACAUCUCAGGCUUCGGGACGCUGCAGGACGGCGUGCGGCAAGACAAGGCCGCCACGGGGGAACUGCUGGCAAAGGGCAAGCUCGCCCAGCAGGCCGCCAAGAAGCUGGUGGUCAGAGUGGACGUCGCCAAGGCCGACACUGAAGCUGCUCUGAACCGCAUCGACAGCAACACGGCAGAGCUGGACGAUGCCCUGAACACCCUGAAAGGGUUCGAUCAACAGAUCGCCAACGGCAAAACUCUGGCUGACGGCGCCAUCAGGCGUCUUCCCGGCAUCAACGCCACCAUCCAGCAGGCCGUCAGCAGCAACAAUGAGACGCUGUUCAUCCUGGGAGACGUUUCCGACAACUACAACAAAGCACUGGAAACCAUCAACCUGCUGGAGACCCAGCUCGACGGUCUGGAGGGGGCAGUGGGGUCGUUUCCGUCUCCGGCCGAUCUGCUGGAUGAAGCCAGCAAACUGAACCGAGACUCCGAGGACCUGAAGACGAAGGCCGUCGGUGCAGCUGAAGACCUGAAGUCUGAGCUGGAAGCUGCCGGGAUGCUGGAGGCUGAUGCUGAGCAGGCGGCGCUCGGAGCGGCAGCAGCGCACAACAACGCCCAACAGACCCGAGCUGAGGUGGGGAACACGCUGCGAGACAUCACCGCCCUGCUGGCCAACUUGAAUGAGACCGGUGUGGUGGACGAGGACCGUCUGAAGCAGCUGGAGGACUCUCUGUCCCGGGCUCAGAGGGAGGUGGAGGGGCAUCUGAGGCCUCGGCUGCUGGACAUGGAGCAGAAGGAGGCGGCCCAGCGGCGCCAGCUGACCGGCAUCAACCUGGACAUUGACACCAUCCUGAGAGACAUCGACAACCUGCAGGACAUCCUGGACUCUGUCCCGGCCGGCUGCUACAACAGCCCGCCCAUCGAGGAGCCCUGAGGACUGCCAGGAGACCAGAACAGUCCCUGCUGCCAGGUUCUGGUUCCACAGAGUCCUGAGACCCGCUAUAUGAACUGAUUUGUAGAUUCUAAAACAAAAAAUAGUUUGUUUCAUCAAGUAAUUUAAAAAGGCUGCGAGCUUCAGACUCUCAGCACAGAAAGUUGUCUAGUCCAGAUUAAUGUCUGUCUCAGACGGGUCAGACGACCAAUCAGCCGGCGUGCAGAGAAAAUGUUGUUGUGUUUGUAUCUCUGAUAACGACGUGUGACUGUAAACAUAUUAUAUUUAUAUCUGUACAGUGAAUCAGUUUUAAACUCUGUGUUUCAUUUGUUCUGUUCCUGAAAUGUUUAUGUUUUGUAUCUGCUCUCAAAUAAAACCUGCUGCACUUUUAUACUUUA